CAACUGCGUUCAAUGUGAAUCAGGCGCUGGAACACAUCACGUUCAAACCAGCACAGCUUGGAACUGGAGCAGGAUCCGUUCAGUCAGGAACAUCAGUCAAGCAUCCAGCGAGGGAUCAUGUUCUAGUGGCUUGUGCUGGCUGUCCGUCAAUACAAUGAACAAUGAAGAUGAGUUCUAUGAUGCCGUCACAGGCUUGGAUUCAGACGAGUCAUGUGAGGGCACUUCAGAAGCCAGCUUUAAAGAUGCCGUAGUGGAUGCUGGUGCGGAGAAACACAAUGUCCCUGUACAAGAGAAUGGAAUCAAGAAACGCAGGACAACCCUUCCUGCCCCCAUGUUCUCCAGAAAUAACUUCAGCAUAUGGAGCAUCCUGAAGAAAUGUAUAGGACUGGAGCUGUCUAAGAUCACCAUGCCCAUUGUGUUUAAUGAGCCACUAAGCUUUCUGCAGAGAAUCAGUGAGUACAUGGAGCACACGUACCUCAUCUCCAAAGCCUGUGCAGAGUCUGACUCCACUGAGAGAAUGCAGGCUGUAGCUGCCUUUGCUGUGUCCGCUGUGGCCUCUCAGUGGGACAGGACCGGAAAGCCGUUUAACCCUCUAUUAGGGGAAACCUAUGAACUUUUACGAGAGGAUCAGGGCUUCAGGUUGAUCUCUGAACAGGUUAGUCAUCACCCACCAAUCAGUGCAUUCCAUGCUGAGGGCCUAGCAGGCGACUUCCUGUUCCAUGGUUCUAUAUACCCAAAGCUCAAGUUCUGGGGCAAGAGUGUGGAAGCAGAACCAAAAGGAACCAUCACGUUAGAGCUCCUCAAACACAAAGAGGCAUACACAUGGACAAACCCUUUUUGCUGUGUACACAAUGUCAUUGUGGGCAAACUGUGGAUUGAGCAAUACGGCACUGUAGAAAUACUGAAUCACAGUACUGGAGAUAAGUGUGUGCUGAACUUCAAACCCUGUGGGAUGUUUGGUAAAGAGCUGCACAGAGUGGAGGGAUACAUCCAGGAUAAAAGUAAGAGGAAGCGCUGUGUGAUCUAUGGGAAAUGGACAGAAUGCAUAUGGAGCGUAGACCCACAGGCAUACGAUUCUCAUCGCAGGAACGAUAAAAAAGGAGCAACAGACACCAAGAAACAGAAAUCGGAAGAAGCAGAUGUUGCAGAAAAUGAUGAAGCAGAUGACAUGCCGGAGAUACAGGAGACUGUAGCUGUGAUCCCUGGUAGCACUCUACUCUGGAGAGUGUGUCCUAGACCAUCUCACUCAGCAGAGAUGUAUAACUUUACUAACUUUGCUAUCACACUGAAUGAAUUGGAGUCAGGAAUGGAGAGCAUUUUACCCCAGACAGACUGCCGGCUACGACCUGAUAUACGAGCCAUGGAGAAUGGAGACAUGGAUGAAGCCAGCAGGGAGAAGGAGAGGCUGGAGGAGAAGCAGAGAGCAGCUCGUAAAGAAAGGGCAAAGGAAAAUGAGGAAUGGUGUACUAGAUGGUUUGAGCUGGGAACAAACCCACACACAGGAUCACAGGACUGGCUCUACACUGGAGGUUACUUCGAUAGGAACUAUACAGACUGUCCUGAUAUUUACUAACGAGGGACCAGCACUCACUCCUCUUCCUUCCUUUUCCCACCACCACAUGCAUCCAGCAUCACAUCAUAUCCGACAUUUUCUGCUGAUGCAGCAGCAUUAGCUGGUUUUCCUUCAUUCAACCAAAUAUAUUCAUCACACUGCUUACUCUAUUUACUGAAACGUAACUUGGUGUGUUUUGAAAUCAGGGAUUUGAGCACUCAUUCAGAGUUAAGCCUUUCUGAUGGGUGAAAGGGGACGAUGUGAUCACACAACUUGGAGGGUUUUUUUUUUUGUUGUGUUUUUUUUUUUUUUUCCCCCCGGUAAGGGGUUUUCCUGUGAAAGCACUGAUGAUGAUCAUAUAGAACAUAAGGAAAGUGAAGAAGAAGAAAAGAAGAGCGACUAAUGAUCAGAGAAUUGCCUUAUUUUCUGCCUUAGAACUCUCAUAAAUACUCCCAUUACAUCUGUGUGUCAUGCUUCAUUACUGUUUAUUGCUCCAUGACCAAACCUACAGCUCGAUAUGUAUACUAAUCACAUACCGUCAUACAGAUCUGAUUUUCUAAUGGUCGUAGUCUAUACUCAAAUGUGUGUAAAAUACCAGAGGACACAUUUUUGACAUUUGAGAGCACUGAUAUGCUACAAACUUAUUUGACCAACUCACCACUGUUAAAUAGAGUGAAGUGAAAUGAAUCAUCAUAAAAACAAACUAUAAUAAUAAUAAUGAACUGCUCAAUUUGUGUUCAUAUACUAUUUCAGUUUAUGUGAAGGCCAACAUUCCUCCCGUGAAUGUACAAUAUAAUGUGAUGGUUUUUAGUUCUAAUGUUAGAAGAUUUUUCUAGAGAAGUUAUUCACAUUAAAGUUCACAUUUUAAAAGCUGCAACUAUAAAAAUGGAUUUUUAAUGAUUCCUGAGAAAUUGUUAUCUGAGUAUCAUGUGACGUGACCAUUUGUGCUGUGAUGCUCUGACAAGAUUAGAAUUGAAAAAUUAUUGAAUAAUAAGCAUGCAUUCAGCUUCAACGCUGAAUGCUUAAUAGCAUUAAUGUUGUGUGUUUUUUUUUAAGCAUGUAGCAUUUUCUUGGAUUUGGUUUUUUCCCCUUCUAUAAUAUGGCAUAUUUCUCACGGUUGCACGUAUCCCAUUUGUCCUGUUCUGUACAUAGGUUUAAGCACAUCUUGUUUCAGUUUCAUGCCUCGUGUCAUCAUUAUUCUUAAAACUUGAGGAAACUCGCACCUCUUGUAAGAGCAGUCACAAUCUAUGCAACUCAUCACAAACCCCUGCAUAUUUUCUUGUAUUUAGUCUGAAGCUAAAUAAAUAGUCCAUAGUUUAGUCUUACUGGUGACAAAUGUUUAUAGACAGUUUAUAGGAUUGUAAAAAUCACAGCAAUUUAUUCUCAGCUAUUUUUCCUCUUUUCUUCAGUGGCCACGGUAAAAUCGUAUUCCCUUUUCCCUUUAUCAUUGAAGCUCUAGUUAUGAUCCGUGCACUAGUUGUCCUGCACAGUGAUGCUAGAAUUUCAUGUGUUUUUAUUUAAACUACCAAACUUUAUUUUCCUCCUUCAGUGCCUGAGUUUGUAUCACUGAUACUUGACAUUUUUUUUUAUUGUUUCUUAAUCAUUGUCAUGGGUGUUUUAAGAUUUCUUCACAAGUAUGCUUGCUUUGUCAUUUUGUUUUGUCUUGUUUGCUUAACCAAAUUUCACACUUCCUUUGUGAUUAACACUCAAAUGUCAGUGAGAAUGUUGGCAGAUUUUCACACGCUGUAUGAUGUACACAUGCACAGUGCAUUACACUACUUGAUUGCCUCCAUUAAAUAAGUUGCUCCUCCAUUAAGUGUACAUUUGACUAUAUGAAAACUAGCAAUAUAAAACGUAUACAGAGUU